GGAGCCGGCGGAGACAAAGCGCGGCGGCGGCGGCGGCCGGGGUAUCCCCGAGCCGAGCACGUUGCGCGGCUGGGGCGGGGGGCGCCGCCUCCGCCCGCCGCUCGGCGUCAUGGCCCCAUUGUGAGGCAGAGAGGCGGAGGCGGGAGGAAGAAUCCGCCGCUCGUUCCGCGCGCAGUCCCAGGCAGGCAGCGGCGCGUCAGGAACACAAAAGGCCGCCGCGCCGCCGCCGGCGCUUUCUCCCGCUCCUUCUCCGGCUCCCCCGGGGGGAGGGACACGCCGGGCCCGCUCCCUCCUCCCCGGGCCGGGGGGGCGCCGAUGCCUGCACUCCCUCCCUCCAUAUUUUUAAUUUUUUAAAAUUUUUUUUCCCUCCCCCUCGAAGCGGGUCCCGGGGCAGGAAGAGCGCGGGGAGCGGGGCGAUGCCGCUGCUGCACCGAAAGCCCUUCGUGAGGGAGAAGCCCCCCGCCGACCUUCGGCCGGACGAGCGCGUUUUCUACUGCAGGGUCACUAACGAGAUCUUCAGGGACUACGAUGAUUUUUUUGAACGCACCAUUCUGUGCAACAGCCUUGUGUGGAGCUGUGCUGUGACAGGUAAACCAGGACUCACAUAUCAGGAAGCACUGGAAUCAGAGAAGAAAGCCAGACAUAAUCUUCAAAGUUUUCCAGAGGCCCUCAUCAUUCCAGUUCUCUACUUGGCCACCCUUACCCAUCGCUCCCGACUUCAUGAGAUCUGUGAUGAAAUCUUUGCUUAUGUCAAGGAUCGGUAUUUUGUUGGUGAAACAGUGGAAGUAGUUAGAAAUAAUGGUGCAAGGUUGCAGUGUAAGAUUUUGGAAGUCAUAGCUCCAGCCCAUCACAAUGGAAUGGCGAAUGGCCAUGCCAGCAGCGCUGAUGCAGACACAAUUGUCAUCAGCGACAGUGAUGACUCAGAAACGCACAAUAGCUCUGCACAAAAUGGGGAGAAGAAAGCCAUAAUUGAUCCUUCUUUGUUCAAAUACAAAGUCCAACCUAUUAAAAAAGACCUAUAUGAAACUGUUAUUGUUAAAGCAUCUCAACUAAGCCGGAGGAAACAUCUCUUUUCUCGUGAUAGACUUAAACUUUUUCUGAAACAACACUGUGAACCACAUGAUGGAGUCAUUAAAACUAAGGCAACAUCAAUUGCAAAAUACAAUCUAGCAGAACAAAAUUUCUCCUACUUCUUUCCUGAUGACCCACCCACGUUUAUCUUCAGUCCUGCAAGCAGACGGCGAGGGAGACCUCCAAAGAGGGCAUCUACUAGUCUUGAGGACGAUAUUACUGCUAAACAAAAUACCCAAGGAAACAAAAGUAAAGUAGCAAAGGAAAAGACAAGGUUCCAGAAGCAAAAAGAAGAUAUGCAGGCCAUGGCUUUUGAAAAAGCUAAAUUAAAACGAGAGAAGGCAAAUGCUAUGGAAGCUAAGAAAAAGGAGAAAGAAGAUAAGGAAAAAAAGAGAGAAGAAUUAAAGAAGAUUGUGGAAGAAGAAAGGAUGAAGAAGAAAGAAGAGAAAGAGAGACUCAAAAUAGAAAAGGAAAAAGAAAGAGAGAAGCUGCGUGAAGAAAAAAGAAAAUAUGUGGAAUACCUGAAACAGUGGAGUAAGCCUAGAGAAGAUAUGGAGUGUGAUGAUCUUAAGGAACUUCCCAUUCCAAUGCCAGUGAAGACUAGACUUCCUCCUGAGAUCUUUGGUGAUGCUCUGAUGGUUUUGGAGUUUUUAUAUGCUUUUGGGGAACUUUUUGAUCUUCAAGAUGAAUUUCCUGAAGGAGUGACUUUAGAAGUUUUAGAGGAAGCUCUUGUAGGAAAUGACACUGAAGGCCCACUAUGUGAAUUGCUGUUUUUCUUCCUGACUGCCAUCUUUCAGGCAAUGGCCGAAGAGGAAGAGGAAGUGGCCAAAGAUCAAAUAGCUGAUGCUGAGACCAAAGAUUUAACAGAGGCUUUGGAUGAAGAUGCAGACCCCACAAAAUCUGCACUGUCUGCAGUUGCAACUUUGGCAGCUGCAUGGCCCCAGUUACAUCAGGGCUGCAAUUUGAAAAACUUGGAUCUUGAUAGCUGCACUCUUUCUGAGAUUCUCAGACUUCACAUUCUAGCGUCAGGCGCUGAUGUAACAUCAGCCAAUGCAAAAUACCGUUACCAGAAACGAGGAGGGUUUGAUGCUACUGAUGAUGCUUGCAUGGAGCUGAGAUUAAGUAAUCCUGGUCUCUUGAAGAAACUUUCAAGUACCUCAGUGUAUGAUUUGUUGCCAGGAGAAAAGAUGAAGAUCCUUCAUGCCCUCUGUGGGAAACUUCUGACUCUCGUCUCCACUCGAGACUUCAUUGAGGACUCUGUUGAUGUGUUACGACAGGCAAAACAGGAGUUCAGAGAAUUAAAGGCAGAACAGCAUCGCAAAGAACGAGAGGCGGCAGCAGCAAGGAUACGUAAGAGGAAAGAAGAAAGGUUAAAAGAACAAGAGUUAAAAAUGAAAGAGAAACAAGAAAAGCUGAAGGAAGAGGAGCAAAGAAAUCCUGCUGUAGAAGUAUCUGUUGGGGAGGAGGAACGCGAAGACCUUGAUACUAGUACGGAGAGCAAAGAAAUUGAGCGUAAAGAGCAAGACAUGGACACAGUGACAGAGGAUGAAGAAGAGCUGGGACCAAACAAAAAACGAGGAAGAGGAAGGAGAGGGCAAAACGGAUAUAAAGAAUUUACAAGACAAGAAGAGACCACUUGCGAAAAGAGUGAACCUCUUACUGCUGAAGACGAAGAAGCUUUAAAACAGGAGCAACAAAAGAAAGAAAAGGAACUGUUAGAAAAGAUUCAGAAUGCAACAGCCUGCACAAAUAUCACCCCGUUAGGUCGUGACCGUCUGUAUCGACGCUACUGGAUUUUCCCCUCUGUUCCUGGAUUGUUUAUAGAAGAGGACUAUUCUGGUCUCACAGAAGACAUGUUGUUGCCUCGAACCUCCUCCUUUCAGGAUAGUGUACAGUCUUGCACAAAUGAACCUCAGGUAUUCAGUAAAACUGGAGAGUCUUUGAAAUCCUCUGAAUCUACCUCCAAUAUUGACCAAGAUUCACACACCAGUGUUGUUGUAGAGGUGCCAAGGCCAGUAUAUAAACCAAACCGUUGGUGCUUUUACAAUUCUCGGGAACAACUGGACCAACUCCUAGAGGCUCUCAAUUCCCGAGGACAUAGGGAGAGUGCCUUAAAAGAAACUCUUUUACAAGAGAAAAGUAGAAUAUAUGAACAACUAAGCAGUUUUCCUGUGGAAAAAUUCCAUAUUCCAGACAAACCUCAAAGUGACAUCAGACCUCCUUCAGGACGGGGAAGGAUGCAGAAUGCCCAUGAUGGAUCUCAUGUAUCUGCAGAGAAGCAGCUUGAACUGAGACUUAGAGACUUUCUUUUGGACAUUGAAGACAGGAUUUACCAAGGAACAUUGGGGGCUAUUAAGGUUACAGACAGACAGUCUUGGAGAGCAGCCUUAGAACAUGGGCGGUAUGAGUUUCUGAAUGAUGAAAACAAAGAAAAUGGUAUAAUUAAAACUGUGAAUGAAGAAUCUGAAGAAAUGGAAACUGAUGAUCAAGACAAGUUUAUUGUGAAAGACAGACUUGUUGGGUUAAAAACUGAAGCUCCAAGUGCUGCAUCAACAAGUACAAGUACUCCUCAGCCAGUUAAUAAUGUGGUCCACUACUUGGCAUCUGCACUGCUUCAGAUAGAACAAGGAAUUGAGCGCAGGUUUCUCAAAGCACCUCUUGGUAAUACAGAAGAUGAUAAAAGGAACCACUGGGGGGAUAAAAAGAGGAAGAGAGUGGAAGACAAGACUAGUCAGAGAGAUGAUGCCAGUGAUGGUGGACGGUCCUAUAAAACAGUUUUGGAUCGCUGGAGAGAGUCACUUCUUUCUUCUACCAGCUUGUCCCAAGUCUUCCUUCAUCUGUCUACAUUGGAUCGAAGUGUCAUCUGGUCAAAGUCCAUCCUCAAUGCUCGCUGUAAAGUGUGUCGAAAGAAAGGUGAUGCAGAAAGCAUGGUGCUGUGUGAUGGCUGUGAUCGAGGCUAUCAUACUUACUGUAUCAGGCCCAAGCUGAAGGUCAUUCCUGAAGGAGACUGGUUUUGUCCAGAGUGCCGACCAAAACAGCGCUCUAGACGCCUCUCCUCCAGACAGAGACCUUCUGUGGAAAGUGAUGAAGAGACUACUGAACGACUAGGAGAAGGGGAAGAAGAGGCAAACUAUGAUGAAAUGGGACAAAGUGAGGAAGAGCAUUACGAAGAAGAGCAAGAUGAGGAGGAUGAAUCUCAAGAGGAAGAAGAGAUAAGCCCAUCAAAGCAAGGAAGACCCCAGGUCAAGUUUCCAUUAAAAAUGAGAGCAGCCAAACUCAACAAUCCGUUCUCAAGUCAGAACAGCCAGCGUCAGGCAAGAUACGCUUCUCGGAGUCAGCAAAACACACCUAAGCAAACUGAAUCUUCAUCUAAAGUUACCAGAAGGGGUUUAAGAAAGGUAAAAUCGGCCCCUCCAUCAGUGACAAAGCCUUCUUUAAGACUUAAUAGCCGGACCACUCGUCAGAGCCAAAGUUCGUUAGAAGCAGAUGUAUUUGUGGAAUUACUCGGUCCUCGAAGAAGACGAAGAGGAAGAAAGAGUGCUGAUAACACACUGGAAAAUAGCCCCUCCAAUUCUCUUGGAUUUAGAAUUGUUGAUACCGCAGACUCGAACGAACGACUUAGGAAGUACCCAGUUUCCUCUUCAAAGCUUUCUCUUCCUGUUAAUGAACCCAAGAGAAGAGGCAGGAAACGACAAUCCACAGAAUCAUCUCCUCAAACCUCAUUGAACAGGAGAAGUUCAGGACGUCAAGGGGGAGUCCAUGAACUCUCAGCUUUUGAACAACUUGUAGUGGAACUGGUACGACAUGACGACAGCUGGCCUUUCAUGAAACUGGUUUCCAAAAUCCAGGUACCAGACUACUAUGAUAUCAUCAAAAAACCUAUUGCCUUAAAUAUAAUCCGUGAAAAAGUGAAUAAAUGUGAAUAUAAGUUAGCAUCGGAAUUCAUUGAAGACAUUGAGCUGAUGUUUUCGAACUGCUUUGAAUACAACCCUCGUAACACAAGUGAAGCAAAAGCUGGAACUAGACUUCAAGCUUUCUUCCACAUUCAGGCUCAAAAGCUUGGACUUCCGAUCACAUCUGGUAAUGUGGACCAUGCUGCUCCCGCGGCAAAGAAGUCACGAAUCUAACCUCUGCCUUUCAAAGGAUUUUUUUGAGGGAAUCUGUUAUGUUCAUUAAAAUGAAAUGUUAAAUCACGCAGUCGUCAUACCUGUAUAAAGCAAUAACAACUGUUUAACCACCUUGAAGUGUGGCCUGCACUAUAUUCUCAAUGUAAUAUUAAGCACUCAGGAGAACGUAGGAAAGAUUACCUUUGCUACAGUUUUAUUCAGUGUCUAAUAAUUUUGAUAGAUGUACUGGAUACAGUACUGGUUUACAGAGGUUUUGUACAUUUUUAAUACAUUCAUGUGUCCAAAUAUCUUCCAGAAGUACCUUGUUUUUUCCUGCACCAAAUGACCUUGUUUCAUCCUCUAGAUUUUGUAGGAGCUGUGGUAUUGAGGGCUUUAUCAACUCAGAUAAAAUCUUCUGCUGUAGCACAGUUGAAGAAACUGUGUGUAUGUUUAAACUUGUUUGAGCGUAUCUUCUCAACACUACACAUGAAUGAGUACAACUGCAUAUCUUUUAAGUACUGUACCAGUGCUGGCUGAAGGUAUUCAGUCUGAGUUUAUUAAGUAGAUAUUUAUUUAGCAUUCAAAGUAAUUUGUGAAUUUGUUUUGUAUUUAUAAAAUUUGUACUUGGGGAUUAAAAACAAAACAAAAAAAAAGAGUUCCAUAACUUUUUUAAUUUCUCCCCCCUCCCCCUUUUUUUUUGUUUUGUUUAUUCCCCUCUAACUUGAUGAUCAAUCAAUAAAUACCUUCCCAUGUCCCUGGCAGUUCUUCUAGCAAUGAGUAAAUUUACAGGACUGUACUAUAAGUUUCUACGUACAACUUUGGAAGUGUACAAAUAAAAUGACACAUUUUUCAAAGUA